UUGGGUCAAGCGCAUGAGGCCUGCUGGUCCCGCCGCAUGCUGCCUUGAGAAAGUUAGUACGUAGUAAAUCGUCGAUUGUAUGAGUCUUUUUUAAACAAAUAUUUUUGGAGUUAAAAAUUGACCUAAAGCCAUGGAAGAUUUAGAGAAGCAGCUGAUAUGUCCCAUAUGUCUGGAACUGUUUACGAAACCUGUUGUCAUCCUGCCCUGCCAGCACAACCUCUGCAGAAAAUGUGCCAACGAUGUUUUCCAGUCUUCAAACCCAUACCUCUCAACAAGGACUGCCUCCUCGGGGGGCCGAUUCCGAUGCCCAUCCUGCAGACACGAGGUGGUCCUCGACAGGCAUGGCGUCUACGGCCUGCAGAGGAACCUACUGGUUGAGAACAUCAUUGAUAUGUUCAAGCAGCAGUCCAGCAGCAGCACGCCAGCGCCGGAGAGGAAGGAGGAGACGCCCAUGUGCGACGUUCACGAGGACGAGAAGAUCAAUAUCUUCUGCGUUACCCACAGCGUGCCCACAUGCUCCAUGUGUAAGGUUUUCGGAGCGCACAAAGACUGCGAGGUGGCACCCAUCAGCAGCAUCUACCAGACAAAAAGGACGGAGCUGAGCGAUGGGAUUACCAUGAUGGUUGGUAACAACGACAGGAUGCAGGGGAUCAUUAGUCAGCUAGAGGAAGCCUGUCGUGCCAUAGAGGAGAAUGGUCGACGACAGAAGACUCUAGUGUGCGAAAAGUUUGACCAUCUUUACACCAUCCUGGAGGAGAGGAAGAGGGUCAUGAGUCAGAGGGUGACAGCCGAACAGGAAGAGAAGGUGAACUAUAUCCGGAGCCUGACGAAGAAAUACGGAGACCAUCUGGAGGAGAGCUGCAAGAUCGUAGAGAGGGGGAUCCAGACUUUGGAGGAGCCCGAAAUGGCUGUUUUCCUUCAGAGCACAAAACCUCUUCUCAAAAAGAUUGCGGAAGUCUCCAGCACAGCCCAUUUGGACAAAGUUGAAGUGGGGUACGAAAAUAUGGAUCAUUAUACCGUUGACUUCAGGAAGGAGGGCAAGGCUCUGCGCAGCAUUGACUUCAUCCAAGAGGAUGACAAUGAGGAGGAGGAAGGUGACAAUUCAGGUGUUGAGGAGAGAGAUGGGCCGCCGGCUGUCUCUGCAGGUGGGGCCGUCUCGAGCUCUGUCCAGCCUUCCAGCUCCCAGCAGAGCGGCUCCUCACUCAAUCAAACUAAGACCCCUGCCACUUAGAUGUCUCUCCAAACGAGAAACCAGACGCUGUUGCACCUUGAGUCUCAAGUCCAUCUUGAUCAGUUUUUUACAGAUUAAGGAGACUAUAAACACAGAUUAAUCUUAUUUAGCUUUUUCUGAUUAAACAUUUUGAUCCUGCUUAUUGUUUUUAGCCCAAAAAGCUUUUUUUUUAUUGGCAUUUUUCUCAGGAUUCAGAUUCACUCCGACAGUUUUCCUUUGCUGACCUUUUGCAACUCAUGAUCCACAUCAUUAAACCACAUUAGAAGGCGGCCUUGUUUUCUCUCCCUCCCCAUCAUGCUUCAUUUUUGUGACUGAUAUUAUUUUAUAAGCGCACCAAAAGAGUAAAAAUGUUUACUUGUAGAAUUUUCCCUGUUUUAGCACAUUUUAUGUAGCUUUUUCUGUAUAUUCUGUGACAUUAAAAGUAAUAUUUGAUCACUACAGGUGUCUUAAUUG